UAAUGUCAUUAAUAUUCAUUGCAAUACAUAUAAUUCUUGUAUUACCUCCUUUGUUGUUAAUUGCUGCGUUUAAACUCUUCUGUUUUCCAUCCCAUUCCCUAGUUAGUAGCUGCACAACAGUUUAAUUAGUAAGUUGAACUGUUUUUCAACUCCUAUUUUUGUCAUGGAUUAUUCAUUUAUUAUCUUUCAAGCGUCUUAAGACUGCAGGUUUUAAAAAUAAGAUCAUUUUCUUCGCUUUUAAAAGUCUCAUAAAAAACAAAACGAGACAUUUUCAUGACAAGCGCGGUGAAUCGAUUAAUAGUAAAACAUUACAAAUGAUUGUUAUUGUCUUAUUGUUAUGAUCAGCACCAUCUCUGGGAAACGUCCUUACAGCAAAACAUGUGAAAGUGCCAUAAAGUAUAGUAUUAUUUAAUAUUUCCAGUUUAAAUCCGUUCAAGCUUUUGUGCCAGAAGUGUAUAUAUGUUAACUUUAUGUGAGUAAAUCCAGUUAAAGACCAUUUGGGUCCAUAAACAAAUCUUUCUAAAGACCUGCUGCAGCACCGCGGACCUCACUUUGGCAUCAGUGACUGUGUCCAUGUCAACGCAUGAUUUUAAACACCUACAACAAAUCGGCGUCUCUUUUGUCUGGUCAAAGAUGAACCAAAUUCUCUGAAUUUAAAGAUGACUUGCUUUAUCUGCUCUUGUUCCACUGUGGGAAGCUGUGAUGUCACGUCACCAUGGUGAUACAACUGAUUUUUUUUUCCCUCUUGAGGUUGUGGUUUAACGUCAUUGUGAGGUUUCUUAAAAACAAGAGAGGAGAUGAAUGUGCUGAUGGUUCGUGGUCACAGGUCUGUUUAUGUCACCAGGACCAAGUCUGCUCUCUUACAGAUGAAGGUGCUGAAGUGCGCACCUGCAGUCUUGACUUCAAGACGAGGGUUCAAAAUUGUUCCGAGUGAGCACGCGCCGGCCACAGCGAGGACAGUCUCGUGGCUCGGUGUUUGUCUGUCCUCUUGGCUGAAGCACCGGCUGACAAUAAACAGAUGAAGGCGGCUGCGGGGCCUGUGCCACCCCCGAUGGGAGGAGAGGACGGAGCAGAGGGCAGGUCCAGCAGGGCGCGGUCUCCUUCUUCUCCCGCGGCACCUCAUCUGCACUGUAGUAGGAUCUCUUCCAUUUCCAUUUCUGCCAACAGCCCUGCGCCACAGGGACGCAUUGAGAACAAACCCGAGAGGCAGAAACCGCUGCGGGGACACCCUUUGACCGCUGUGCCCAACAGGCGCAGCCUGCCUACGCACCGCGCGCCUCCCUGUCUGUCUGUAGCCCUUUUUCUCACAGCUCCGACACAGAGAGACCGCUUUGAACCUGCCUGCCAAGAUAAACUCACCUCGCCUAUUUAUGCCCCUGCCUCUGCGUGCACUCGGGACAGGGGAGUGUCAGCACAGCAGCGCACAGGUUCAGCCCCGCGGCGCACUGGCCACUUUUACGCGCCGGGAAUGGCGACUUUUAGGGACUCGGGGAUGAGUCCUGCUCUGUUACCUCCGCUUUAAAAUAACCAAGGGGGACCCACGCGAGGGGACACAGCAGACCAAAUACAGCGGUGACAUUUUGGCACCCGCCUGGGGGGUGACACACCGGCCCCGGGGCGGAAUGCUACUCCCGACGCUGGUGACGUGCCUCGCCGGGUGCGCCUUUCUCCUCUCACCGCUCAGCGAAGGCUGUGGACCGGGUCGAGGUUAUGGCAAGAGGCGGCCACAGAGGAAGCUCGUCCCGCUCGCUUACAAACAAUUUAGCCCCAACGUAGCCGAGAAGACGCUGGGGGCCAGUGGAAGAUACGAAGGGAAAAUAACCCGGAACUCUGAGCGCUUCAAGGAGCUCACCCCCAACUACAACCCCGACAUCAUCUUCAAGGAUGAGGAGAACACAGGUGCAGACCGCAUGAUGACACAGCGCUGCAAAGACAAGCUGAACUCGCUCGCCAUCUCGGUAAUGAACCUCUGGCCCGGGGUGCGGCUGCGGGUCACGGAGGGCUGGGACGAGGACGGCCACCACUCGGAGGAGUCGCUGCACUACGAGGGACGGUCGGUGGACAUCACCACCUCGGACCGCGACAGGAAUAAAUACGCCAUGCUGGCGCGACUGGCGGUGGAGGCCGGAUUCGACUGGGUCUACUACGAGUCCAAAGCUCACAUACACUGCAGCGUCAAGUCAGAUCAUUCUGUGGCGGCCAAGUCUGGAGGUUGUUUCCCCGGAGAGGCUUUGGUCACGUUGGAGAGCGGCGUUCAGAAGUCUAUGGGUGACCUGCGGCCCGGCGAGCGCGUCCUGGCCUCCUCGGGCAGUGACGGCAGCGGUGAGCUGCUCUACAGUGAAGUCCUCGCCUUCCUGGACCGCGACCCCAAAACCCGGAAACUCUUUCAUACUCUGCAGACAGAAUCCGGGGCGCUGCUCUCCCUCACUGCUGCUCACCUGAUAUUUGUGUCAGAGGGGAACUGCUCGGAGGGGGCGGAGCCUGCCCUCGGCGCCCUCAGGACUGUGUACGCCAGCGAUGUCGCGCCGGGACAGUGUGUGCUGGUGUCUGGGGGCGAAAGACACAGAGACGGGCGCCUGUCUCGGGUCACGCGCGUCAGCCUGAGGGAGGGGAGGGGGGCGUUUGCACCGCUCACCCGGCGGGGAACGGUGGUGGUGGACGGGGUGUUGGCGUCCUGCUACGCUGUCGUGGAUGGACACGGCCUGGCUCACUGGGCCUUCUCGCCGCUGCGGCUGCUGCACAGCUGGACCGGCACGGCCGGACCCCACGGCGACGGGAUCCACUGGUACUCUCAGGUUUUACACUGGCUGGGGAAGCUGCUGAUGGACACGGGACGUCUCCACCCACUGGGCGUGGCUCAGGACGACAGGUGAGGGAGGGUGGGGGUUCGGAAAAACAAAAAAAAGGAACAUAAAGGAAACGGGAACCCUUCACUUUGUGACAAAUACAAACCUGCAGAGCUGAACAGGAAACAUGAUGAACUUCCUUCAAGGAUUGGAGAUGUUUGGGUUCCUUGCUGAGGCCUGAUGGGAGUUUUUUUUAACUGGAAGGAAAAAUCUGUGAACUGACACAGAAGAAAGAAUUCUCUUUAAAAAAAAAACAACACAUGGUGAUUUCAAGAGCUCUCAGAGUUUCCAUGUAUUUGUCUCCUCAAAAACAACAAUGAUUUACUCUUAAUUUAUCCCAGAAAACACAACAAGCACCUUAAUAGUUUGGGACAGGAGUCGAGAUGCUGUUCUACACGGAGGAAAUGAGCGUAGUGUAGCUUUAAAUAAAGGACAUUUUGAGGGAUUCAGGUUAAGAAGUUUGGGCUUAAUGACUGUAAAAUAAAUGAAUAUCACUCUGUAAGUGUAGGAUUGUUUAAAUGAUGAUAUAAUUUAUCCAACCAGUACAUUGAAAUAUCGUUCAAUUAUGAAAGCACUUUUAUUUUGAAGGACAGCUUCUCCUUUAAUUGAGGGAUUUCUACCCUUAACUGUGCAAAUAAUCGAUUCAGAAGACCAUGACCAAAUCACGAUUGUUUAUGUCUGUAAAUUCAAUGAUUCAGUGCAAAUGGCUCAUUUAUUUAAAGGUAAAAUAGAGAUUUUUCAAGUUCAAGAGUUUUCUCCUUUUAAAAAUGACAACAUUAAGGUAUUCUGUAAAUUAAAGGGUGGCUUUAAAUGGCUUUUGCCAAUAAAUAAAAAGUCAUUUAAUCCCAGCAAAAAUAAAUAUCUGUUGUUUUUUUACAGUAUAAUGCAAUCCAUCAAUUCAUCAGUUCAUUUACUCUGUGGGUUAAAUCUAUCCCUAAAUACUAAGUGGAAUUUCUUUAAAAACUCAAAGGGGAUAAGUUAUUGGCUAAUUUAAAGGGUUUUUAUUGAGUUGUUUUUGUUGUUUAUUUGUUUGAUUUGUGUUUUUACCUCAAAUAAGGACGUCUUAUUUUCACGUGAAUGAUCGAAAUGAAGGGAUGUAGUUUUCUAGUCUCCACACGGCUGCUGAUGUGCUCUUUGUAAAACAAGCUGUAUGUAACUUAACUGCUUUAAUACAGAGAUCCUAGUAUCAAUGAUGUGUAUUUAAGUGUUAUUUGUUUACCAGGAAUCCAGUGUAUGUUCAUUAUUAUUAUUAUUAUUAUUAUUAUUAUUAUUAUUAUUAUUAUGGAGUUAUUAUGGGUGAAGAGAUAUUAUUAAAAAAAGAUUUAUUUUUGAAAUUAAAUUAUAUGGAAAUGAAA